GUCUGUACAGUAUAUAAGGAAUGUGAUGGCCCUUGUUGUCGGUGUUGUCUGUCUAGUAUCUGCAUCUACAUCUACAAUACAUUCAAUUAUAUCAGGGAUAUAUUCUACUCCUUCUUCAUCAUCCAUAUAUACGCGAUUGAAACUACACUUACCACCACUAUUGGUAUCCUUCUAUUCUUCUAUCCUUCUAUUCGAGAUAGAAUACUAUACCUAUACACAACUAUACAACAACAACAACAACAACAACAACCAAACACAACCCUUCGCCUCCAAUCAAACAACCAAACAACCACAACCACAACUACAACCACAAUGCCCUCAAACCCAACCAUCGCCCCCUCCCUCAAAUCCACCCCCUCAACCCUCUUCCACCCCGACAACGACGACGCAGCCUCCACAUCCAGCGUCUCCUCCACCGCCUCGACCCUCCGCUCCCUGAAGACCAAAUACCUGGCCAAGGUCAAGUCCGCAACACCGGAAUCCGAGUCCAAAGAGAAAAGCACUGCGGCCAAGAAGAAGACGACGACGACGACGGGCAAGGGCAAGCACACGCCGACGCACACGAAAGCCACCAGCAGCAGCAGCAGCAGUCCCAAGAAGGUCGAUUAUGAGACCUUGGGGACGUAUCUGGCUCUACGAUGAUUACCUUAUUUCUUGGGAGGGUUGGGGGGAGAGGCAUAUGGAUAAUAGGUUGGCAUCAGGAGGAGGAGGUAAUGAGGGAGGACUUUGGGGGAGAACAGAACAAAACAAAAACCCGUUAUUCGGGACCUUAUGUGAUAUGAUGAUUGGUAUAUAUCGGUUGUGACCUUUUUUGGGGGCGUGACUCUCGUUUCUUUUCUGUUUCCUGUUUUUGGCAUUCUGGAAUAUGGUUGACUAGCUGAUUGACCUACGGGUUGGUUAUGGUGUUUGCAAGAAUCGCAACUAGAUAUUCGAUUAAUGAUGAAUUCACAGACAAUCUUUU